GUGGUAGGAAGAAUGGAUGGCGUUGUGCUGAAACGUCAUCUGGUUGGGUUGGAAGGCACAGUUACAUAGAAAGGCUGGAUGGGUGCUGGCGCACGUCCUGCCGGAUCGGAUCGGCAGCUGAAAGACGUGCUCCGAAACCGGAAUUCUGUUGUUCAUGGAUGUCAGGACUCCAAUCUCCGGGACGACGAAACCCGGAUCUGAAUGACUGACUGAUCGACUGACUGCACGGCUGCACAUUCAAUUGAUCCAGCCCAUCGACCGAUUCAACCGACUCUGCAUUACUCCACCUUUCCCUCCCGAUUGGUCUCUUCCACAGGUGCACGAAUUUGUCGAUCCCCGUUAUUCACUUCUAAGUGCCAGUGUGAAGCAUCGACCAGCAUUUGAUCAAGAAUUUCUGAGGAUUUGAAGAGAGUUAUUGGUGGGAUUGGACUGAGCUCUGGGAAUGGUUUCCAGUUCUCAGUUCUCGAAGGGAUUGGGAAUUUUCGUAAUCUGGGUGGGAGGGCAAGAGCCAAGAAGUUUUCUUGUGAUUCUUGCUUGCCUUGUUCCUUGUCUGAUUUUUGGAGGGAUUUGAUCACUUUCUGCAGGUUUUGAUAAUCUUAACCAGAUUUGUGGGAAGCAUGGCCGAGACGGUCUUCACUCCAGCGUUGGAGGCUAUGCCCCAUAUCAAGUCACCUAAUGGAGAAACGCUCACCAAGCCAUUUCUUGAUGUGUGCCGCCUCGUGCUGCCUGUCAUCGGUAAGCUUUUUGCUGCAAGAAAUCUCCCUUGUCUGCAUUGAUACAGGAUGUAAAUACAAGAAAUUUAAGAAUGUUUUGCUUGAAAUGAGUUUGAUUCUGUGAGCUUAUGUUCCAGUGAUCUGUAUCUUGGUCCUGAUUGGAUUCAAAAUUACUAUCUCUCUGCUUUGAUCAGGGUGUCACUUGCACUUCCAUGCCCCAUCGAAAUUUUUUAUUGACAAAUGCAAUUUUUACAAAAGAUUUACGCAUAAACAUAAAAAACCCUGCGCUAGGGAAGCUAGUGUAGCAAAGCGCUGCUUCUGUUGUAACCCGCGGGGAAAGAGCUGCCUCCGAUAUCACCUUCUGUCUUUGGUUUGGCAGAAUUCACCUCACCAACUUAACCUUAAAUGUUAUUGAUCUGCUGCCAUUUGGAAUUUUCAUUCCAAACUCGACUAGGUAAUGGAUUUUUCAGCAGUGUCAAAACAUACGCGGUAUCCAAUAUAUCUGUAAGAAAUUCUGGCUCCUUGAUAAUGGAUCCUGAGAUUGAAUUUUAAGGAUGAAAUUUCUCUCAGUUUCAAGACCUGUGGGAGGUUUUCGGACACACACCAAGAAAGAACAAGUUUUUGGAACCUAAGCAGCGCAUCUUUUGAAGACCUAUCUUAUUGGAACUUUGUUUCCAAAUCACCACAGCCUUUGCAGAGACUGUGUAAAAUAUCUCCAUAUAGUUGACUGAAGAUGGCAGAGGAACCAAGUGUUUUCGGGCCCACCCUGGGAAUUCUGGCCCAUGUGCGCGGCGAGAAUAACAACCUUCUGACUGAGCCGUUUCUUGAUGUGUGCCGUUCGAUGCUUCCUGUGACAAAUUUGGAAGUUCCAUGGCGCUCGUGAAAUCCGACGUUGGUGGCAAUAUUGGGCGAUUGGAUGCCAAGUACGCCACUGAUACAACAUCAUACUACCUUCUAUAUGAUAUUGUCCGGAAAGAAGUAGCUGACAAGACAGCUAAAAACUCCAACAGUUGUACUAACGGUCUUCUGUGGUUGACGAGAGCCAUGGACUUUCUCGUGGAACUAUUCCGAAAUUUGCUCGUGCAUCCAGACUGGACUAUGUCUCAAGCAUCAAAUGAAGCAUAUGCUGGAACAUUGAAGAAGUGGCAUGGGUGGAUGGCGAGUGCCGCAUUCACAGUUGCUAUGAAACUUGUACCUGAUAGGAAGAAGUUUUACGAGCUUCUUGGUGGUGGAAAUCUGAACACGGAUAUCGAAACGUUUGUAACAACCUUUGCGCCUAUUCUUCAAGAGAAUCACAAUUUUCUGAAAAGUGUUGGAAUGGAUGAUUUGAAGGCGUCAUAAUAUCGGGGAGAUUCACUCCACUUUUAGCACGAAAGUAGAACCUUCAUAUUCUGGACUUCCGCUUUUGACAUGCAAGGGGCAAGGUUUUAGCUAGCCAAUUCAAUCUACAAGCGGGAGUAGGUGCACUUACCACAUUGAGCUUAGUAGCAUAAUCAGCUACGAGAGGGAGUGGUAGUUCUUACCACGCGAAGCUCAGGGUACUUUCUCGAACAAGCUGUAGGGGGUAUUCAUUUCACACCAUUCUGCCACAUAGUUGAAGUUAGUGUAGUUGGCGGCAUAGAGAAUUCUAGUCCAGGAUUCACCUUCGUAAAAUCUGCUAGCAAUCUACCAAUAGAUUCUAAAUCCCAUGCAGCUUUAUUUAAUUGACCAGUUCUGUCAACGAUCCUUCACAUGCUUCUCAUUCUUCGCAUCCUGUUCGUGUAAAUCAACAUUUGCCUAAUUCCAGUUUGUCCUUUUGGAAUAUGAGUCUGUUCAUUGUAGUCAAAAUACACG